GAGGCAUGUCAGGUGCAAUUGCCAGCAGUUCCAGCUGCAGAGGGACACUUGCUGGGACCGGCGAUUCGCCUACCAGGUGGUGAUGCGGAUUGGCAACCACCGUCUUCUGAGCCAGAUGUGGUCUAUACGAGCACACACGUGUUAUCACAACAGGCCGAGAAGGAGAAAGAGGAAGGAAAUCAACAGGACAUCCUGGAGCAUUGCCGGGACACCGCGAAGCUGGUGAAGCAACUGGCCUCGGUGCUCAAGGGCUUGGAAGCCGACGUGGAGAGUCUGCGGCGUGAGAACCACAGCCUUCGGAAGACGGUUUUGGCAGCGGUUCCGCAGCGCUUUCCUGAGGAGCUUCGAAGGCCAGAGACGGAAGAAGAGGAUGAGGUUUGGCAUCCGGACAUGGAGGGUUCCUCAGUGGCAGUUUCAUCCUCCCUGGCUCCGGCGAACCCACUUCAGACGAGGUCGACUCCUCCUCCCUCUGCACGCCUGGCGACGCCCCCGGUGUCACAGCCCACACCGCAGGAGCGAACGCUUCCUGCUACUCAGCUCACGCAAGGUCGCGGCACCCCCGAGCCGGCGCAGUCCCCGCAGCCCUUGCAGCCCUCGCAGCCAUCGCAGCCCUCGCAGCCAUCGCAGCCCUCGCAGCCCUCGCAGCCCGCGGAAGUCCCAGUCCCUGCAGUGACCGCGGCGGUGCAAGCGACCGCAACGGUGGCAGCGGCCAAGGCAAGCUGCCGGGGACUUUGA